AAAGAAGGUGCUGUUGUCACUUCCGUCGUGAACCUCGGGAGCACUUCUGGAAGAGAAGGGGCUUCUGCGCAGAUGGAUUUAAACUGGAUUUCCUCAACUUGAUGUUCUUCAGCCAUGCUGGAGUCAACUUCCCUCACCCCCAUUUUAUAGGGAGAAAGGGGGUAGAACACAUUUUCUUCCACCUGACAAUCUCUGAUACUUGUGAAAGCACAUGAAUGGCCGACGCUUCCUGGUUGCCUCUGUCAUUUCUAUCCAGAACUGCAGUUUUGUGUAUCCAUCAUGUCCCAGUUGCUUUUCCAAGCUGUCCCUGCAAUUCAGAAGAUACAAUUGCCAGAAGUGUGGUUGUUCGGGCGACACCAAAGAAGCAAACUAUAGAUAUCGACUUUUGCUGGAAGUAGCUGACACACGUGAUAUUUUUGAGGUCACAGUAUUUGGAAGCUGCUUAGAUACCUAUUUUGGAGUUACAGCAAAGGGCCUGCAAAGGUACAUCGAAGAACUGAACCGGGAAGCAGGAGAGGCAGAAAAUGAUACAGUGCUUGGUGUACUGUUUCAUGCAGUUGAAACUUGCUUUGUUGGGAAGAAGUUUGUCUUCAGAAUUAAGGGUUGUGACAAGCCAAAUGUGGUUAGCUUAUUGCAAAAAGGCUGCCAAAUUGACCGAAACACCAAAUCUCUCAUCGCCUGUGAAAUGUUCGUACCACCACACCCUGGGCUUGUGGGCUACACCGUUAUCCACUAUAUUGAGCAGCAGCGAUGUUUUCGUUUUAAGUACAGCCCUAGGGGUUUAUGGCCUCCUGAUCAUGUCAUGGCAUUUGAUCAUCCAAGUAGGGAAUUAAAGAACCUGCAUGUCUCUAAUGGUUUGGAUGUGGUUCAAUCAGGUCAUAUAAAUUUCUCAAGCUUCUGGCCUUGCUCAUUUGGACUAACUUGGUCAUCUACUUCAUCAGAAACUACAGAACAUUCAGUAGCUUUAGUGUCAUGUGAGACUACCUCUGAUAAGCAAAAAUGCAAAGAUGGAUCUAUUACUUCACGUAGCCAAUUGGUUUACAAUCUCAAGGACCGAAACUUGACACUGAAUAAGGGAUAUGUACAUGAAGAUAAGAAGCCUCAUUUGUAUUCUUUUCCACAAAGUACCACCACAAAGAAUGAACUGGGAAGGAGAUCUUCCAUAAAAAGAAAAGAUGGCAAUGUACUAGAAAGCCCCUUAGCAUUAGAACAGAAAGAUUCUUCUGGCAAAAUUGACAUCCAAUCCAGCUAUGGGCUAGGAAAUCCAUGGAACCCUUUGCCCCACAAAAGACAUAAGGGACACCUUGCUUCUUCAUCUUCUCCUUAUGCUACAGUAGAUGCAGCCUCUCAAGAAGUCUCAUCUGAAAGCUUAAAUGAAUUUCUUGCCAGACUUGAAAAUAACAGUGCCACUACUGAUCUACAAAAUAUUCAAGAACAGCAUUCCUCCUCAGGCGUCUGUGAAAAAUCAGGUGAAGAUAAAGAGAAUGAGCUGCUCCCAGAAGAACAAGACUAUUCUUUUAGAGGAAAUGAUGUCUGCUGUUUCCCACUGGUUGGUUCCAACUGCCCCAAGGCUAGUUUUGAUGCUUCAGCAGAUCUCUUUGACAUUAGUGCCAGAGGGUCAACAAAAGCCACUCUAGCAAUGUUACAUUUGCCCCAAAUAGUCUCACCAGGGGCAGGUGAACUGACCCCAAACUGUAUAGCAUCAGAAUUCAUGCCAAAUAAAGUAAAUGCUAGCUGGAAUAGUUCUCAUUAUGGGUUAUCCUUCCAUGAUGCACUGGAUGUUUCUGCCCCCAAAACAAGUACUCCAGUUGCUGGAUCAGUAUUCAAGUCAGAAUGCAGCCUUGUAGGUACCCUGGACUUCAUGCCUGAUUCCCACUCCAUUCCCCUUGCCAGGCCUUGUCAUCAAGGCAGCCUCUCUGCAGGGAAAGAAGCCAUUCUAAGCGAAUUGCCACUGAAUAAAUUGCCUUGGGACAAUGCCAAGUGCAAAAGGUCUAGGCUCCCCUUUAAAAACUCUUUAGUAAAACAGCUUGUCAGCAAGUUCCCACCAUCUGCAAGGUCAAGCAAUGCAGACGCUGGCACAGUCAAUCCAUGUGGACCUCAGCAGUUAUUUAUGAAUCGCAUCUUGGCCAAAGAGCUGCUGCCUGAAGAUGAUGGCAAAGGAUGGGUUCCUUCAUCGGAGAAAUUCCAAGUGCAGGAUGAAAACGUGUGGAGAAGGAAGAGGAGGGAAAGUCGAGUCAGGCAUAAUAGCGAUCGCCAAGUGACAGAGAAUUCUCCUCUUUCUGAAAGCCAAGGAAGAUCCUUGAUUCCAAGAAAUCUUUCCAGAUUAGCAAAGGUAGGAUCCCUUCCGAAAAGGCAGCAGCCAGCAGAAGCUAACGUUGGGGGCCAGCCCAUUUAUCAACAGAGAACGAUGCUUGGCCAGCUACUCACUGAAUCACCUGCCCUACCACCUUUCGUGGGCAUCAGCAAGUCAAGCCUGCUUCCCACACAAUCUCCCGUGCCUAAUAUUGCAGACUGCUCUUCUGAACUCUUUUCAGGUUAUGAACAGCUGCCCAGCAUGGAGGCCACUACAUCAAAGCCAUCCUCAUGAAGGCACUUUUCAUUUUGGUCACAGCCGUGCCUUUAGCACAAUUUCAGUCAUUGUAAAUUUGGGUGGAGGGCAGCAAAAGCUUGUGUUUUUAAAAAUUCUGUAGCCAGGCUGCUCAUAUUCGUUUGAUCACUUUAAGGAAUGGAUUGUAUCUAAUUAAGUAUUAAGGGACUCUUUCCUAGAAAAUAAACACUGUUUUGUCAUCUUU